AUGGCCAAUCUUGUUCCUGGUGUCCUCCUCAAGCUUCUGCAGCACAUGAACACAGACAUAAAGGUUGCUGGAGAGCACAGGUCAUCACUGUUACAAGUUGUGAGCAUUGUUCCAGCGCUUGCCGGCGGUGAGUUAUUCCCAAACCAAGGCUUCUAUCUCAAGGUCUCUGAUUCCUCUCAUGCCACCUAUGUAUCUCUCCCUGAUGAACAUGAUGAUCUGAUUCUUAGUGAUAAGAUCCAAUUGGGUCAGUUUAUUCAUAUUGAGCGCCUCGAAGCAGCCUCACCGGUCCCGAUUCUGCGUGGGGUUAGGCCCGUCCCAGGGCGCCACCCCUGUGUGGGAAGCCCUGAAGAUAUUGUUGCUAGACACUCAUUGGGAUUUCUGAAUAAUAAUUCUUCUUCAGGCUUGAAAUCUAGGGAGAAAGUGAAAUCACCUAAGAAAGUCUUGGGGAAUAAUCAUGUUUGGAAAAAGGACAAAGUUAAAGAGGAGCAGCAAUUGGAUAAGAAAAUGAGAUCUUUUACCAGAUCGAAGUCACAGCCAUCGAAACCGGCUUUGAGUUUGGAUGUAAAGAAGGAGUCUUUGGGGAGACUGAACUCGUUAAAUUUACGGUCUAUUCCUUCUUCUCCGACAAGCUGUUAUUCGUUGCCGACUUCUUUUGAGAAGUUCGCUAAUGGGGUCAAGCAGCAGGCAGAAAUUAAGGGGGGAAGGAAGGCGACAGCCAAGUUGGGAGUGUUAGAGAAGGUGAAUGCCGUUUGCACCAGUCCCCUUCCCACAGGGAAGAAGAUAGCCAUGGGAAAUCCAAUUAAAAGUUUUGUUCAAGGGAUUGAGCUGGGAGCCAAGGCUCUGAGGAAGAGCUGGGAAGGCAAUAUGGAGGUGAAAAGUAGAGAGAGUUCAAAAUUAAGGGCCACCAAACGUGAUCUGACGCCUGAAGUACGGAGUUCUACUCCUAGAUUUAGUACGCCAUCAAGGAUAACUACAUCAUCAAGAUUAAGCACAUCAAGUGACAGGUUGCCAUCCAAAGAGGAGAACACGGUCCAAUCAUCUAAGGGGGAAGUUAAGGUUCAAUUGUCUGCGAAGAGAGUUUCUGCAUAUGGAACUUGGGGCGAUGAAGAAAAGCCAAGUAAGCAAACAACUUCUGCUGGAAAGAAAUCAUCCAGAGAAGUUUCUAGUAAUGGACUUCCUGGAAACUUGGUCAAGGUUUCCCUAAAUAGUAGAAGAUUGACAGAAGGAAAUGUGUCAUGGGCUCCACUUCCUUCAUCUCUUGCAAAGCUUGGAAAGCAAGUUAUGAAGCACAGAGAUGCUGCACAGCUGGCAGCAAUAGAAGCUAUGCAAGAGGCUUCUGCUGCAGAGACCUUACUUAAAUGUCUAAGCAUGUAUUCUGAGUUAAGCACCUCUUCGAAGGAAGAUAACCCUCAGCCAGCAGUUGAACAGUUCUUGACUCUUCGUGCGAGCUUGAAUAACGCUCGCAUGGUUGCUGAUUCUCUAUCAAAAUUUAUUUCAAGCGGUACCUCCCCAGAUCAAUCAGAAAGCUUGUCAGAAGAAGCAUUAAUGGCCAUGCAUGACAGGCAAAAACAUGCAGCUUUAUGGGUCCAAGCUGCAUUGGCAACUAAUCUGUCGCAUUUUUCUGUUUUCAGUAAAGAACCUUCCUUGAAUCAAGUUCCAGCUCCAACUCCCACUCAAAGUCAGAAGACCCUUCCAGUAAACCAACCAAUAUUAGUCCUAGAAAACUCUACCAAGAAUGCCUCAGCAAAAAUUCAAGGUAAAAACCGCCAAAUGGUAGGUUCUAAGCUUUCACAAGGAACUCCUCGCCGGCUAGGGGAUAUGUCAUCCAUCAGUCAGAAGCCACAGGUCCAACCCCCGCCAGAGUGGAUUAGAGGAAAUGGACUUGAUGAGGCAGUUGACUUGGCUGAAAUGUUGCAACUGCAGUCCCAGGAUUGGUUUUUGGAAUUCGUAGAGAAGUUCUUGGAUGCUGAUGUGGACAUCUCAGCCUUGUCGGAUAAUGGUCAAAUAGCAGGGAUGCUGACUCAGCUCAAGAGUGUGAAUGACUGGCUGGACGGAAUUGGAUCAAGCAAGGAUGAAGGAGAAGCACUGCAUAUUUCAGCAGAGACGAUUGACAGGUUAAGGAAGAAGAUUUACGAGUAUCUCCUUACACAUGUAGAAUCUGCUGCUGCUGCACUUGGUGGUGGCUCACAAUUGUCACCUCAGUUGCAAACAACCGAAACAAAAACUAGAAGGUUCCAGUGCAAGGAGAACCUUGGGGAAAGAGAGAGAGUGGAACAUUGCUAUCUUACCAUGAACUUGAACAUUUCAGUCUAUCAUCUUGUAAGGAACUGAAAGAAGCAGUGAUGGCAUAGAUGAUGUUAACAGUAAUCCUGGCCUGGAUGGAUUUGCACCAGGUUUCUUCUUCUAGUGUUGGGAUAUUGUGGAAGAGCAUAUUUUGGAGGCAGCCACUGAAUUCUCCAAUGGUUUCAAACUUCCUCCUUUCUAUUCCUUGUCAUUGAUUGUAACAAUACCCAAAAAAGAGGGCUCGAAUAGUUCUCUAAGUUCAGACCACUCUGCCUUUGCUCGGUAGUUUACAAGAUUUUUCCCAGUGUUGGUGGCUAGACUGGUUCCCAUUCUUCCAAGAAUUAUUUCGCAGGAGCGAGGGAGCUUUCCUUGAGGGAGAAGCAUCCAUAACAUCUCUUUAGCACAAGAAAUGCUACAAAGCCUCAAUAUGAUAGAUUACCCCAAGACCAAGGCAUUACUCCCUUCAAGGUCUAAGAUUCAACACUUCAUGAGUGCAAACAAUUCUUUGGGACCAUACCUCUUGGUGAAAAGUCAAUGAUUUAAUUAGUUCUGUAUAGGAAAACUUUCAAGCAUGCAGUGUAGGGAUCAGAGUUUUACUAUGUAGAGGUGGAUCCAAAG